CAUUGGCCAAGAACCAAAAAUCCCAAAUCUCUCUCUCUCUCUCUCUCUCUCUGUGUUGGUUUGUUAUGUGAAAAAGAAAACCAGAAAUUCUCCGAACUGAGUUCAUUGGAUUUCCAGCAAUGGCCUCCGGCCAAUCCCUCGUCCCAACCAUCCUCUUCCUCCUCUGCCUUGUCUCCACCGCUGUUUCCCAUUCGAUAAUCCAAUUGGUCUCCGGCGACCGCAAAAUCCGGAUAGACGACGAUAUCUACUGCGAGAGCUGGAGGUUCUCCGUCGAGACCAACGACGCCGGGUACUGGUCCACCAUUCCGGCGAGGUGCGAGCGCUUCGUGCAGGACUACAUGACCGGCGAGCGGUACCCGUCUGACUCGGAGAUCGUGGCCGAGGACUCCCUCGCCUUCGCGAAGACGGUGGAGAUCGCUGGAGACGGGAGGGACGUGUGGGUGUUCGACAUCGAUGAGACUCUGCUCUCGAACCUGCCGUACUACGAGGCCCACGGGUUGGGAGCAGAGACCUUUGAGGAGACAUCUUUCGACUCUUGGGUGGAUUUGGCAGAGGCCCCAGCUUUAGCACCAAGUUUGAGUUUGUACAAAGAGCUCCAACAGCUGGGGUUUAAGAUAUUUCUGUUGACUGGACGAGAUGAAAAACAAAGAAAUGUGACAGAGAAGAAUCUUUUAUAUGCUGGGUUCACCAACUGGGAAAGCCUUAUCUUGAGGGGGCCUUCAGAUGAGGGGAAACCGGCAAUCGUGUAUAAAUCUGAAAAGAGAUCGGAGUUGGAGGAUGAAGGUUAUAGGAUACACGGGAGCUCCGGUGACCAGUGGAGUGACUUGUUGGGCUUUGCCGUGGCUAGACGGUCCUUUAAACUUCCAAAUCCCAUGUAUUAUAUCUCUUAAUAAACAUCAAAACAAUAAUGUUGUUGUUGUAAUGCCGAUAUUUUCUUGCCAUGUUUAUUUUAAGGAUUUCCAUGGAUUCAGAUGUC